UUGUCAAUUUUUAAGCGGUUUAAAAGAGCGUACAAGAAACAUGGAAAAGUUCUAGUAGGUGUGCAUUUAGUAACUUCAACUGUAUGGUUUAGUUCAUUUUAUGCAGCUGCAGCAUAUGGUGUAGAUAUCAUACCUUUUCUGGAAAAACUUGGAGCCGGUGAAUCAUUAUUGAAACCAUUUCGUUCUAGUAGUCUUGGAAAUGUAGCAUUAGCCUAUCUUAUGUACAAAGUGGCAACACCAGCACGGUAUGCUGUUACUCUGGGUGGCACUAAUUUUGCUAUUAAAUAUUUGAAAAAGAAAGGAAAAAUUUCUGUUCCAGAGGAUGACAAAUUAAAGAAUUUGUACCAAGAUAGUAAAGACAUUGUGAAAGAAAAGCUUGAAAAGAAAAAUUUGAACUUUCGC